AUGGAAGAACUAGCAGCAAAGGAGGCUUUCUCUCUCUCAACGAGGGGACUGGAUAAACCAGCAAGUCGUGAGGCGCAUAUGAGAUUUGAACCAUACUCCAGAACUCACCAAGACGCUGGCCAGGACAGAACAUCAAGGGAUAUGACCGCCCGUAGGAGCUUUGGAGUUAAUGCAGAAUCGGCUCAAAGAUCAGACCAUGGAGAUCUGCGCAACAGAAUCUCUCUCAAGAGAGAUACACGAGCUAAAGAAGUCUGGACUCGACUGGACCAACAGCAGGAGGAAGGAAUAGUUCCCCGAGAUCGGGAGAGAUAUCACACAUAUCAACGCUCAACGAGAGAGAACCUGAGAGGGAUAAGGGGUGGAUCGGAAAGCUUUAAUAACAGGGGUCGUGGAGACUCAUAUUCAUCCUCCAGCUGGAGAGUAAAAGAAAUAAGUCAUGGGAACAAAGAUAGGAACAGAGAUCAAACGCGAGAACGCGUACACCCAAAGGAAAGAAAUAGGCAGGAGUUCUCUCCGCGAACUAAUCGAUCAUACCGAAGUUCACCAGACUCGCAGCGGACGAUUUCUGAAUAUCCUAGAGAACGAAGAGGUGAUACUCCAACAAGGCGACAUGAUCAUUAUCGGAGACAAGAGACAAGAAUGGAGUGGAGACCAAUUCGAUCAGUGAAAAGAAAAGAACCAGGACAUAAAGAAAUUCCUAAGACUAGGCGAGACACGGAAGACGAGGAGAGAAUCCGUAACCUCAAAGGAAAAGCUAUAGCAACAGAGGAGACUGCGAACCGGGAAACAAAUGAGAAUUCUCCUAAGCAAUUUCCAGAAGGUGUUUUACCACUGCGGGCUCAUAACGAUGAAGGUCCAGGCAUGGAGAUAUGUAAGACAAGUAAAAGUGGGGAUCCUGGAUUAGAGAAGGAGACAAUACCGGAAGGAGAUGACCUUCUAACUGAAGAAGAGAUAAACGAAAUGGCUGACAAAUAUGCUGGUAUUGAUUUUGAUAUGGAUGAAAGUAUGAUCGACGAAGACGACCUCCUAGAAGGGAUGGAAAAUGAUGUAGUGGUACCUGAGACGCAAGAGAUCACCAAGACCUUAGAACUACAAAAUAAGGCAGCAGAGGUCGGAAAGGACAAAGAGACUCCCAAACUGGCGUCAGGACAACCUCAUGAAGAAGCUGACAGAAGUCAAAGGAAAAAAUCUCUGAAACAGAACCAAAAAGCCCCGAGAGGAAGAUCACUUGUACCUCACGGAAAGCAACGGGGAACACGAAGCCCAGAUGCAAAAGGAGUUGCUGCAUCAAAAAAGCUAGCGAUCAGAGGAAGAGCUUCCCCAAAAGGCAAGAUGGUGAAGCAUAAUCGUGGGAACUCUUCAAGAGUGUCUGGCUCUUCUGCUAUCCCUCGUAAUGAGGUGUAUCCGUCUUCUUUGAAAGGCCGGAAAUUGUUUACUGCAUCAGGUUCAGUGGGGUCCCAGAAACCACCCAGUACUCAGAUAUGA